AUGACGAACAGAAAACCUCGCCGUGGUGAAGAACACCGUCCAGACUAUCACCAACAUGGUGGUUAUGAAAACCCAUACCAACAGGGUCGCAUCAACAACUCUUCGAGGCCUCGGCAAUAUGCGUCCGAUGACUCGAACGGUGCCAAUGCGAGUGGCAUCGUGAUCCCCGUCGCUUCUCCCCAAGCCCUCGACAAAGCUCACGAGAACGUACACGAGACGCUCUUGACGAGCGACAGACGGCAGCGUCGCCGCGACCAGGAUGAAGAGUCACUUUCGCAAAAGACACUUGAAGAAGGGAGCGCCCGCGGCCACUCCGAGAAGCAUCGGCGCGAGAAGUCUGAUGAAGAGAAGAGGCGGAGGCGGGAGCGCAAGGACCGUAACGGUUGA